AUGAUUAAUUUUGUUCUAGCUCCAAAAGAAAUAGAAGCACGAGGAGAAAGAGCGCAGCUUGUUUAUCAACGUGCUCUUAGAGAUGGAGCUGUUAAUGUUCAGCGUUCUCGAAUAUUGUUUAUUGGUCAGGAUCGGGCAGGAAAAACAAGCUUGAAAAAAUCUCUCCUUGGUCUACCCUUUGAUCCUAAAGAAAAUAGUACGGAAGGAAUUGAAGUGGAUCCGUCAAUCUUUCAAGUAGAUACCGACGAAGUUAAGAACUGGCAACCCAUUGAUAAGAGUGAGCGAGGGUUGUUAGGCUGUUCUAAAGAUGUGGCGCAGAUGGUGGUGGAAAAGCUUUUUUCUCCAGGUGGUCAUAUUUGGGUUCAGGAAGAGAAAGAAGGUGCAGAAAUACACGACAGUGAUCAGCUUGCAAAUAAAAAUGACAAGAAUGGGACAACGACGGAUGAUACUGAUGGUGAAACGAGAGAAGAUUCAUUUGGGAACCAGGUUUGUUUCCAGUUAUAGGUGGCUCUCCUACCCUCACGAAACUUGGUUUCAAAUAGGAACAGUCAAGUUAAGCCGUGGUCGGGCGGGGUUCGAUCGAAACUGGAUGGGUAACUUUAUUUUGGCCGCCGGAUGGAAAAAGAAGGUAGAAAUCAAACAAUUACCGGGGGUUCGCUGGGUUUAACGGCCGAAGUACGAAGCCGAAACCAGUAUUUGAUCCAUCAGUGUGGAAAGUUGUCCUUGGUGUAACAUGAGUUCCAAGGUCGAUUUUUGAGAAGAAAGCAAGGUUUCGACUGUAAAAAGCCGAACUGAAAGGCACCUCCUACACGCAUACUUAGCCGGCAGAAGCAAACUCGUCUGCUACGUGAGAAGCACUGAAAAAUGUUCUGAUCAUUAAAUGUCUCGAUUAUUGCUCUCGUUGUGAAGCUGAUAGUCUAAGUUGCUUCAAUUUUCUUUGUAAAGAAACUUCUGCCGUCGAAAUUCAUCGCUGAUUGCAUUUCUUGAUGAUCGAUGUUAUUACAGACCGCCACCAAGAGAUACUAGACAUAUAAAAUAAAUGACCUGAUUGGUGCCCGGGGCGUCUAUUUAAUUUUAGGGGUCCAAGCGUGGGCGUUUAAAAGAGAGAUGCGUUUAUUCUCAAAACUGUAACAAGCUCAACAAAACUUAUUUGCUUUCGGCAAAAAUAUCAAGUAAGUUUUAAUAAAUAUUUUUUGGCCGAAUAUCCACUCCAUCAAUUGAUACGUCUAAGCCGUCUAGAGAUCCUUAACGCUCAAAUCCCAACAUCAUCUCAGAAUCCUCGCUCAGGUUUAUUGUAUUAGGCCUUCGUUAGUCUAUCCAUACUUUGAACUUGACAUUGAACAAGAUGAAAUACACAAAGCUUUGUUUAUUAUAAAAGCGAGAAACUGAACGGAUUGAAUGAUUUUGCUCCUUUUUUUCUUAUUUCUUAUUUUGUAGUAAUUCUCAUAGGAAGCGUCUAUUAGACAGGUGGCGUUUAUUAGAGAGGGGCGUCUAAAUCAAUUUUAUCAGCUUAGAGUGGGCGUUUAUUAGAUAAGAGGCGUUUUUUUGGAAUUGGGCGUCUAUGAGGUCAUUUACGGUAGCCAACUUGUGUGGUAGCCAACUGCAAUUGAUUCUGCCUCGCUGUGUGAUCCACGCGCGAUCCGAAUGUGGGCAAAUUUUAUUAACCUUCGCUACGCGAUGAAUAAAGUAGUAAUGAUAUUAGAUAACAGUACAGUCGAAAAUGCUUUUGUUGCUCAAUGUGAACGUAUAAAAUAAUAUUAUUUGCCACAUUCAUUUAAGGCCCCGUUAACACCACUCGGAAUAUAUUUGAAGCCGCAUAUUUAUUAUUAUUAUCGUUUUUUUACACGGAUGGAGUUUCCGUCCACAUGAAACCAAUGAAUCCGCUCAGCGAAAGCGCAUCUUUUUGAAACUGCCCUCCCCAAUUUUUUUUCUUAUUUCGACAUUUGCGGUUUAUCACGGGAAUAGCUUAGUUUAUGCCUUCGCCGAGGUUUCUAUCGAACAAAUAAACACGCAAGACAUUUUUUUUAAUAUUUUGUAUGCACAUUUUUGUCCUCACCAAGCAUCAAACGGGUUUGUUCUGAAUAGAUGUGUGAGCGGGUUUGAAUCUGUUUGGUUGAUGCCCAUCCCCCGAAUGAUAAUGUCUUAAUGUUUGAGUUGAUCCAUCCAUUUUUUGGGUUAAUAAUUUACAGUCUUAUCAUGUUUCGUUAAAAUUUCUUGUCCUGUUUUAGGUUUCUGAUCCAAAAAUAGAUAGUGUCAGUGAAGUGACAUCAUCAGAGCCUGAACUUGAGUUAAUGAUUGAUACUACUUCACCUCCAGAUGAGAUCACAAAGUGCGCUGAAGAGUUGAUAAAGUAUGUAAAAGGUAAAAAACGAGUUACCGAAAAAUCUGUUAGUAGUAUUGAACUGUGGGAUUUUGCUGGACAACAGCUGUACUAUGCAUCUCAUCCUGUAUUUUUAACACCACGUGCAAUAUAUAUCUUGGUGUGCAACCUCAGCAAAUCAUUGCAUAACACUGCCCAACCCUGUGUGAGACAAGGAAAUCAUAACUUCACGUUGGACAACCCAAACGGGGAAACAAAUUUGGAGAAUCUGCUCUCUUGGCUCUCCACCGUGCAUAGCAUCACACAGAUGAGAGGAGAAACUUGUGAAGAUGCAGGAGGAACGCUGCCUCAUCUGCGCCCCCCGGUAAUCAUUGUGGGCACCCAUGCUGAUAAACCUUUUGAAGACAUUGCAACAAUGAAGACAAAAAUACAGAAGGCAAUUGCUGGUAAGGACUAUGAAGGACAUGUAGUGCGGCCUAUCUUCUCCAUUGACAACACUGCAAAAUUAAUUCAGAGGAGAUUGGAAAAAGUUUUCCGAAAAGAUAAAAACAUUGAUGGCAUCCUAGAGCUAAAGGACAAAAUCAUGGAAGUGUUGAGGCAGGAGCCGUACACGAAGGAAAGGAUACCUGUGAGGUAAAUAAAGUGAAUAAUAGAACACAGAUGUCUUUUGCCGAGAAUUUCCAUUUUAAUUAGGGGUUGAGGUUUGGCAGCAUUAAAACCAUAAUGGGCAUACAUAUAUACAUAUACACUGUAGGCCUUUGUCCAGUCCUUAUAGCAUUUUGCUUGCGCGCAUGUCCAAAGAAUCAUAAGUUUUACCGGUAAAUAGUUGGCUGUAUAGAGAUGCAAAAUCCUCGUGUAAGAUACCUGGAGGCUGCCUGUACAUCGUAAGUCCUUCACUUAGGUUGAAGGGCAGUAUAGAGACAUUGUCAGUAAUAGGAAAAAAUAACACGUAAAACAAGCGAAAGAUUAUCGCAGAAAGAUUACGUGCAUCACUCAAAAAAUGCGGUUUUAAACAUAAGCCGAUAUCUCAAACGAUUUUAUACCUAUAAUUUUCAUUUUCUUAAAGUUCGACCAUUCUUUAUUAAGGAUGCCAAAAAUCAUAGAAAUCGGUUAAAUCAUUCCUGCCGAAAAACGCGAUUCAAAAACAUGCAACGUGCAUAUAAAUAGGUUCGGGCCCUCUUCAUCCUAAUUUGAAUCCUGAAAUACGAUAAAACUCCAAAAAUGUUUAUGCUCGCCACUUUCGGUGGUUCGUUACUUUCGUGGAGCCAAAAGCGUGAUAUAUAAAUUUGUUAAGACAACAUUCUAGUUCCAAAAUGAAUGGCGAAAAUUCGUGAAAAAAUAAAAAUCGUCCUUCAAGUUUCUCGUCGCCGUCGUACCCUUUAGGCUAACGUUUGGCACAAAAUUUUUGAAGGGUUCAAUAUUUGCGAUUUUUCCAGCGAUCUGCAAAAAUAAGUUUCCGCAAAUAAUAAUUACUGCAAACAUUUUCCCCGCAAAAAUUUACUCCAGGGUAAAUAUUCUCUAACUUCAAUUCGCUACAGAAAAAUACAGUACUAAGAAAUCGUGUCUGUUCAAUGAUACCUUGUCUCUUUCAUUCAGAAACAAAACGGUCUACAACUAAAUACUGGUUUAUUGUUUGAAAAUAUGUAUUUCUAUUGCUUGUACUCAAUAAAAACGAAAAUAUCAUCAAUGCUGUGUACUGGGUACUUUCUGAAAAUCCAAAAAUUAAUUGGCAGCAAGAACAUCCAAUCUGUCCUAAUCGCAGAAAUUAGUUCCCACAAAACACAAAAAAUCACCAAUCCGCAAAACUUUCGUGUUACACGGUAUGUUUAUACUAUACCGGAUACCUUUUCGUGCCGAUACGAAAAGCUAGCUUAUAUAGUAUGAACACCAAUCGGAUAUGUGACUCUCGAAGAGAUCGGCGCGGCGCAGCUUCGCUACAUCACAUUAACCGCGCCGAAAUGACCGUUCACAUGUGUUAACAGAAGCCCUGUCCAGUAUGGAUUUCGUGUCGGCGCAAAAACUAUCCUCUGUGGUGUGAAAAUAGCCUUAAUUUCUUUCUUUGCACUAAUGUCAUAGAAACAAGCAAUCUCUGUCUCUCUUCCUCUAGCCCACACACACCUUCAGGCGCUCCUGUGUUUGAUCAGUUAUACGGCAAGUCAUCCUCAUAGUAUUUUAUAGCCGUGUGGCUAGUACACAACCUCUGUUAAGAUGCAAGCACAUGUCUCACUGUAGUUGGAUCUCGUUUCCCACCGUUUGUCUUUUUUCAUCUUAACCACGACUGCGCGCGGUUAAUAAUCGUUAGAAGGUUAGGGAAUGUAGCUGCAGACUUUAUUCGUUCUUGCAUCAGACUGCUAGUGCCGAUCUUCCUUGGCACGUGAGCUAACUGUUCUUUUUCGGGGGAAGGUUGGGGUGAAGUGGGCUUGCUAUUUUUGGAAUUCCUUAAAUUCAAUUAUUUUUUCGACGGUACUUUCGGAACUUAUAAGUUGUUAUAUUUUGUGACGUUACAUUCGGGUUCUGUUGCUCUCGAAAUUUUACGGUUGGUAGCCACAAUAAAUUACUUGAGCCGUAAUAACUAAAUGGUGGCCACUUUGCACAGGACUGGUAGAAUUUAGUUAGUUUCUGUGGUUAUGUUUAUCCUCUUGUUUUAGAUUGCGUUCAAACUUCUGUACAUAAAUCGCUUCAAGUACACCGCCUGAUAACACCAAAACUUGCAUUCAUCUUUUUAUAAACUAGGUGGCUGAACUUUGAGAAGGUCCUCAGUGCUUUGCUUUCCAAGAAAGUUUACCAUUUGAACUUGAGGGAACUUCAAACCUAUGCAAGGGUCAACUGCUUUAUUAAUGACGAGGAAGAGUUCACUACCAUGGUGGAUUUCUAUCAUGACUUGGGGAUAAUUAUCAAGCACUGCAGCACAGUCAUUCUGAGCGCUGAGUGGUUAAUAGACCUAUUCAGGCAGCUCAUCACUAUUCCACCUUUUAAUGAAACGGUAAGGUCCGAAAUAAGUUCGUUACGUGUUUUCAAACGAUUGCAGCAGCUUUCUCUUCUAGUUUAUAUAUUUCUUUGGCACAAAAACAAAAAAUAUAAGACAGGUAGCAAAAGAGAAGUGGCGAGGAGACCUAAAAGAAACUAUAAGAAACUUAUGCGAGGUUAGGCCUCCUGGGACUUCGGGCUUCAGUAACUUAAGUCAAUUCAAACAAAUUAUGGCGUAUGUCUAAAGUGGAAAAAUUAAAGUAACCUUUAGAAUUUUCUUAUAGGAAGAAAGGGAUCGAGAGUUGAUAACCUCGUUGUCAAGUAAAUUAAAAAAACUUGGGUUCUUGAAAAAAGGAAAAUUUCUUAGUGUUUGUUCGACAAUGGGGUAGAAGGUAUGCCUAAGAAUUUCUAGUAUUAUUACAUAAAACUUACAUAUAGCUUUAUUACAUAUCACACACUUGGAAGAAAUUGUUACAAGAGUGGAAUUCAUACUGUUUUAGGAAAAGUUGUUGUAACAUGAAUACCUUGGUAUCAACGGCAAACAAAAUAUAAAAUUUUAAUAAACUGGAAGCAUUGUUAAUGUCGUUAAGAAAAAAGGUCCGAGGAUAGAACCCUAAAGAACCCCACAAAAGAUUUCGUUUCUUAAUGAACGAUGGUCAUUAAAUUCAACAUAUUGCAUUCUGCUUGCUAAACAACUUCUUAUUCAAUCCAGCGCUAAACCACCAAUACCGUGGAUGUUCGAGUUUAUAAAAGAAUAAUGGCAUGAUCUACGGCAUCAACUGCUUUUUAAAGGUCAAGAAAAAUACAGACAAUGGCUUCUAUUUUCUCAGAAUCUUCUGAAAAACCUUUUAAUCAAUCGACAUUUUAUUUCUCAGGAACCCAAGGUUUCCAAACUGUGGCAGGAAGUUAAAAAAAGCGGUGUCCUCAGCAUGGAACUACUUCAUCAUGUAAUUUCUAAGUUUCUUCUGAAGGGCGUUGCGAAAGAUGACAUUCUGGACCUGAUGGAACAAUUUGGUUUGAUUGCAAAGUUUUCACCAUCUAAAACUGAUGAAAAGUAUUUUGUGCCAUGCCAGCUCAGAAUGCCACCUGAUUCCAUUUGUGCCAUGGUACCCUCGUGCUCAGACCCUUGUCCUCUUUAUGCUUACUUUGUUACUGGUUUUGUCCCUCAUGGCCUGUUCACACGGCUUGUUUCUCGACUGGUCAGGUGGUGUUCUAAGGCUGGUCCAGCUCAGCCCCCUACCCUAUAUCAAAAUGGAGCAUGGUUCGUCAUUGGGAGGAAAAUUAUCCAUGAUUUAGUUCUUAUUUGUAAGAAGCAGUUCAUAAAGUUUUUCGUCAAGCAAAAAUCCCAACGUCAGAAGAUUUCAGUGGAGGACACAAGUGAGGCAGCGGUGCAGGUGCGCGAGUUUGUGGAGGCAACUUUACAAACCUUGUCACAUGAUCUUCUGUAUUUGCGUGGAGUGCAGUACGAGAUUCGGGUGGCCUGCCCAUACUGUCAGCUGGAAAAGUGCUCGGUCCAUAAUCAGAUGGGUUGUACUCAUGACGACUGUCUUCACCUCCUGGGGUUACGACAAGGUGACCCACUGAUUUGCAAAAAGAAACCUUCAGAGGAAAUACUCACAGUUAGGGGACAAGAAAAAUGGUUCUCACAGAUAACAAGUGAGGUAGGUAGUAAUAAAAUUCAGUCUCUAGCAAUGCUUUUAGAUUAGCGCUUUAUGUAUGUAAACUAAAAGAGAAUCAUGCUACAUGGGAAGUUAGAUACUCUCAAGUAUUAUGUUAUUAAAUGACUAGUUGUCUAUCGAUACUUAAAAAACUCCAACAUGAACUCUCUGUAAGCGUAUAUACGUUAUUAGAUUGCAGAAUAAUGCAUAGUGAGCUAUAGUGUAUGCCUUAAUGUGGCCUAUCACAUAUCUCUUUGUACUGUAGAAAAAAGAGGACAGUGGAAAUGAUUAGAAGAAAUAAAGUAAAUUUUUGUGAGUUGGUAAGGUCAAUUUGUAACAUAUGAGGACUCAAAUGCUAAUACUUGAGGCUCUUAACUCUUAGCUGUGAAGAAGGGUGAGUCUUGAGACUUCAGCUUUUGAAUCUUGCUACAGACGUCAAUUGACCUUAUCAACUCUGUUCAAUAAAUGUGUGUAUCGUACGGUGCCUGCAGUAUUCUUAAUCUUGUGCAUGGGUUGCUUUGCGUUCAAAACCUUGCAUCAUCAUUGCCAUAUGGAACAAAAGGUAAGGGUUCUGGCCUGCUGGCACAAGAGUUGGUUUUUAUGACCUCAUUUUAAGUCUAGACCGGGUUUUUCCUCACAAGGUUUUGCUUAGAAGUUAAUUUUUUGUGAUCAGGUUGUACAAACGUUUGUUCAAAAGGUUAAUGUUUGGCGCCCCGAUGGAAUUGUUAUUCUUAAAUGGCGUUUUUCCCCGUACAGGAAGUGUAUACUCCAUCACUUGAUACUGCACAAAGUCAUCCAGGGCGUUCAAUCUUGAAAGUUGCUCUUCUGGCCAAUGAAUGGGGGUCAUCUAAGGGUGGCUUGUCAACAAUAAACAGAACACUUGCCAUACAUUUGGCAAAACACGCACACGUCGAAGUCACCAUUCUUGUACCUGAAUUUGAGUGUGACGAAGAAGACAAGAGAACUGCCAGAAGUUACAACAUUGCCAUUAAGGAAGUACAGCGUCGCCCUGCCGUCAGUGAUCCUCUUGACUGGUUGAGCUUUCCACCAAAAGACCUUGACAUUCAAGUUGUGAUUGGUCAUGGUGCAAAGGUCGGUAGACAAGCGCAAUUUAUCCGAGAGUCUCAUUGUUGCAAGUGGAUGCAGGUUGUGCACACUGAACCUGAAGAGCUGGCAAUGCAUAAGAACUAUGCUAACGCCAUUGCCAAAGGGGAAGGAAAGAACAGAGCUGAAGUUGAGUUGUGCCAAAUUGCAGAUCUCGUUGUGGCAGUUGGACCCAAGCUGAAGGAAGCGUUCUCGUCUAAACUGCGUUCAUCUCAUCGAGAUGUCUUUCAAUUAAUACCAGGUUCCUUUGCAGAGUUUUCAGAUACUAAACCUGCUACACAAGAUAGUGUGAAUUUCAAAGUGUUAACCUUUGGCCGUGGGGAUUAUGAGGACUUCAGUCUCAAAGGAUAUGACAUUGCUGCUAAAGCCAUUGUUGAGCUUCAGGAUAGUUCUUACCGUCUGCUGUUUGUUGGUGCUCCUGAUGGAAAGCAGGAUGAAGUGGCAGAAAUCUUACUUCAGACUGGCAUUUCAAAGAACCAGCUGACUGUCAGAUCAUUUGUACAAAGCAAGGAAAGACUGAAAGAGUUGUUUUGCGAAGUCGAUGUGGCCAUCAUGCCUUCAAGAACUGAAGGAUUUGGGUUGACAGCACUGGAAGCGAUGUCAGCUGGUCUUCCCAUUCUGGUUAGUGGAAACUCCGGAUUCGGAGAAACACUGCGUGGUCUUACUGAGGGCAAGUCAGCUGUGAUCGAUUCUGAUGACCCCAAGGAAUGGGCAAAGGCAAUUGAUGCUAUCCGUCAAAAACCUAGGAUACAACGGCUUGAGGAAAUCCGAAGAGUGCGGGAAGUUUAUGAAGAGAAGUUCAGUUGGAAACGACAGUGCCAGCUGCUUGUUGAAAAGAUGUGGAAGAUGGUUUAUGGUAAGUAA